AUGGAUUGUCCCUCUGACAUCUUCCCGCGAAGACGUACGAUGAUUGAGCGAUUGCCGUUCGUGCAAGGCUGUUUCCAGGAAGGAUUGCGGGUGUAUCCAAGCGCUCACAUGUUCACGCGGGCGCCAACUGAAGAUACAGUUCUUCAGGUGCCGAGUCGGCAGGGUGGUGGGGUUGUGCCGAUCAGAGUACCUGCCGGUCAAGUGGUCACACUAGACAUCGUCGGCAUGGGCUACAACCCCCGUGUGUAUAAGGACCCGAAGUCGUUCAAUCCUGCCCGUUGGCUCGAUCCUGCUACGGAACCGUUGCUGAAUUUCUCAUACCGUCCCCGAGUGUGCAUUGGGAAGAAAUUUGCUGUUGUCGAGUCCGUCUGUCUCCUCGCGUUGCUCCUCCGGGACUACAAGAUAGAACCGGUUUUGAAAGGAGGACAGAGUAUUGCAGGCUGCAUGCAGCUUGGGUAG